UUAAUUCGAUCACACACCGCACCAACUAGUACUCCCUUUACACCAAGAUGUCUGGAUCCGACGCCUCCGGCCGCGCUCCGAUGGCGUCGAUCGGUCUCUGACGCCGUUGACGGCGUUGCUUAUCUUGCUGCUCCGGAAGACAAAGCAAAAUUACCACUGGUUCACAGUGGUUCCACUAAGUGGGCCUAUAAGGGCUUCUGUGAAGAAGCCGCGGCGGCGGCGAUGUCGGAGCCGGUGGUGGUUGUAGGCGGGUGGGCGAGCCCGUUCGUGACGCGAGUGUGCAUCGCGCUCAGGCUCAAGGGCGUGGAGUACGAGUUCCUCCAGGAAGCGGUGGGCAGGAAGAGCGAGCUGCUGCUCAGGUCCAACCCCGUGUACAAGAAGAUGCCCGUGCUCCUCCACGGCGGUCGCCCCGUCUGCGAGUCCCUGGUCAUCCUGCAGUACGUCGACGAAGCUUUCUCCGCCGCCGGGAAGCCCAUCCUCCCAGCCGACCCCUAUCGCCGCGCCGUCCACCGGUUCUGGGCAGAGUAUGCCGACGCCAAGCUCCAUUCACCACUUCGGACAUUGAGAGGCAUGGUCGGCGGCGACAAGGCCGACGCCGCGGAGCAGGUGUCCGCCGCGCUCCGGCAGCUCGAGGAGGCCUUCGUGGAGUGCAGCGGCGGGAAGCCCUACUUCGGUGGGGAUGACGUCGGCUUCCUGGACAUCGUCGUUGGCUCCUACAUCGGGUGGUUCGGAGCCGCGGAGAGGAUCGCUGGGCUUCCCGUCCUCGACGAGGCGAGAACGCCGCGGCUGGCGGCCUGGGCGGUGCGGUUCUGCGCGCACGAGGCCGUCGGGGACCUCGUGCCCGACGCCGCCAGGCUCGUUGAGUUCGGCGAGGUGCUCCGCGCGGCGCUGGCGGCCAACGCUUCCUCCCGGCCGUGACGCGCCGCCGCGCCGGGGCCUCGGCGAUCGGAUCCAGCUGCAAUGCUCCAGUCUGGUUGGUUGGGUUCACUUGUCCCUACAGACCCGCACAUACGUCUCUGAAUAAACAAGGGCAAUCAGCGAAUGUUCGCCGGAGGUGCAUGUUAAAACAAAAGUUUUCACGGCAAUUUAUGGCAAUUUUUUUCAAGUGAA